AUGAGCACUCUUCGAAACGUCGAUUCCGUCUCCAACCCCAAGCAGGGCAGCUUCAAGCCUGCUGUCGCACCAGAAGGCCCUCUUACCACCAAGGGUCACCAACCUGGUCGCAAGGUCAAUGAAGCCGACCAGCGUCCCGAGUUCCACAUGGAAGCUCAUCCACGAGGCACCGCGCCCGCAGGCAGCUCCUACACCCCAAACUCCAUCUCUGAAGUCAGCCCGGAUGUGAAUGGUGGAGCCAAAAAGGAACCUACAUACACCUCCGCAUCGGACACUCUCAUGGGCUCGACCUCAGCAGAUGUCCACCAAGGAUUCGGCAAGCCCCUACAAGGCCAAACCAAUGUUGAGCUUAAGCACGAUGGCCAACACGGUCGCAAAAAACAGGCAGCCGGUUUAGAGGGCAUGGGCGCCUCUAAUCAAGAUCGAGGCAUUGAGCGCCAGUUUCCCGACCAGCGUGGUCUUGAGCGGGAAGAGGCUGGUGUGAGUGGCACCAGAGGUAAUAAAAUUGCUCGUGCUACAGCUGAGGAGAUUGAGCCUGAGUCUGCUGAGACUUUGAGCAAGGAGUGGAAGUAUGAGUCUAGUACCAAGCGUGACAAAGGACAGCAGAGCAAGCACUAA